GAUGACAGAAAGGGAGAGAGAGAUGCGGAAGUACGUCAUAUUUGGGGAGCGACGGCAGCACGGGGGAAAAGACGUUUAAUUGUUAUUGUUAGCGGUUCUUUAUCUAAACACCCUGAUACACAGAAGUGCAUUGAACUUUUAUUUAUUUGUAAUUAAUACUAUUGUAAUUUUUUUAGUUUUUUUCUUUUAUAUGCGCCUGAUACAGAAGUUCGCGACCACUAAACGGUUUGUGCCUCUCACGUGCCUCUUUGUGGUGAAACGAUGGGAAAAUGAUGGAGAUUUUCCUCCUCCGCGAGCAGCGUUUUAGCCUCCAGCUCCGGGCUCGUGCUUUCUAACCACAACUCAAUUCCAACACGAAAUGGCGUCGUGACUCGUGCAAUCUUAUAUUUAGUUCAUCAGAUAUCUGGGUACGCGCUUGUUCCCGGCCCAGGUGUCACAGUGCUGCUGUUUAUUUAUUUAUUCAUCCAGCUAAUAUUUGUCGCUAGCUCAGUUAGCUAAUCUAUCAUUCCAUGAAAAUAGAAAAAAAAAUCCUCGUCUGAUUUGCGUUGCUGUUGCAUGGUUAUGUGUACAAUCAGACUGUGUGGUAGCUGCUUGUUCCUCUGCUGCACUUCGGAAAUGUGUAACAUUUGUAUGUUUAUGUGAAAUCAGCCUGAAACACACAGAAUCGAGCAAAUGGAAAAUAUGAACGAUGCAGAAACAGCGACUAGGAAACAUGCCAGUCCCCAAGAGUUGCAAACCCCCAAAAAUGAGGAUGCAUAUGAAAUCUCCAUCCCGUUUGAGGAGAGCAACUAUGAACAGCAGGGUGGCUUUUACAACCAGAACGACCAAAACUUCGACAGUCAAUGUAAUGAUCCUCCAGCACCUGCAAGCUCCUACUUGCUGAUCACAAACCUGCGCACACAGCUACAAAUUUCUCUGGAAAAGAACUCAUGGCUGCAAAAGCGCAUCGAAGAUCUGGAAGAGGAGAGAGACUUCCUCCGCUGUCAACUUGACCGAUUCAUAUUUUCGACCAAGAGUCAGGAAAGCAAUGGUAAUGACUCUCGCAGUUUUUUAUGGAGGAGACGACGAGAGAAUGAACGCGAUCAGCAAGCAGAGGUUCGGCGUUCAGCCAGCCGUCAGUCAUUCCUACAGCGGUCUGCCCAGCAGCCCCCAACUAACGCCAAAGUUCUGAGCACUGGUUCUGGGCCAAUUAGUGCCCAGAUAAGUUCCAUAUUUGGUCCCUCCCACUCUCAGCCUCUUCUGCACAGCCAUGGAGGAGGAGGAGGAGGAGGAGGUAGCAGCAGUGGCAGUAGUAGUAACAACAGAUCUAUGAAUGAUCUUCCAGAGUCACUCUCACUUUUGGGAGAUGACGAAGAAUAUUUGGAGGACAGUUACCUGGAAGAAGACGAAAUGAUGUCUGGGGAGGAUGUGAUGCCAGAAAACAUGACUAUAAGGAAUUUGGGUGCUCCUGGAAGGCCCCCUGGGGGCCACCCUGUCCUGAAGAGGAGAAGAGUGUUCCGAAUAGCCCAAGGCAGAGAGAGACAGAGAGUGAAGGACGCUGCUGGAGUGUUGUUUCGUUAUAAGAAGAUUCUGGUGACAUACCAGCGGCUGAAGAACAUGUCCAAGGCUUUCCAAAUCCAUGGGGUGGACCGAAACACAGUGGCCUCCACAACUCCCAUUGCAGAGCUGCUUCUUGUGGCUCCAGAGAAGCUGGCCGAGGUGGGCGAAUUUGACCCGUCCAAAGAGAAGCUGCUGGACUAUGCACGUCGUUGCUACGUCUCUUUGGACCCUCAAACCCGCAGCAAAGUUCAAGCGCUUAAGAAGAACAAUCUGCUCCUUCCAAUCUCUUACAGGUUAAAGGAGCCGAUGGCCGGUAAUCGGACGGGAGCGAGUGAUUUCUGACAUGUUGGAUCAUACUAUCCCUCACUGUAUUUUAAUGCACCAUAGAGCACAUCUACACCUUGUCAACCUCCAUCUUGUUGUUCAGAUCAGGUGUACUUUAAAUCAGACCGUACUGUAUUACCUCUGUUUUUCUCCACAGUGCACACACACAGAGCUGAAAAGGGCUGGGCUUCCAGGAAGACUGUUUGCUAGAUACUGUCACUUGUAUAUAGAAGUCUGUAUAUUAUGAGAGCUGUCUGUCUUGGGCAUGAGCCUUGUACCCUCAAUAGUUCUGUGAUGUUCAAUGUACUGACGUACUGUAUCAGGGGGUUUUCAGCUACAUUCCAGAAGGCCAGCGUGUGUUUUCGUCUGUGUAUGUAUAUGUUUGUGGUUCAUGUCUUUCAGCACUUACUCUGUUGCUGAACUGUUCAGUGAUAGUUUAAGGGGUACACACACCUGUGCUCUUUAUUUUAUACUGUGCUAAACUGCACCAACUCAGACACUUCAUUUCUUUAGGCCUAUAAUGUCUCCAUAAAGCGGAAUCAUUGUUGUGUUGGUGUAAAUCCCUGACUCGUGACCUCUCUCUUUAUGGACAUCACUGACUGUUGAGCAUGAGAAAAAUGUAUAGUGAAACCUCAGAUCAUAACUGGGAUAAGUUCAGAUGUGUAUAUGCGUAGCCCAUGUGUGUAUGUAAAUAACUUGCUGAGUGUGCGCCUCAGAAUUGUGCGUGUGUGUGGUUUUAAAGUAUAUUACUAGGACUACUCUGAUUUCACAUAGUUAAUGCAAAAAGGCAGUAGAUUGCAGAAACGGCACUCGUCACCUCACAACCAUCCUCAUAUUUUAAUGGCGUAUUCGUACCUCUAAUGUCACUAUGAUGUUCUUUAUCAUUGAUUACGGGUUGGGGCUGCUGCACAUUUCAGUUAUGCCUCAGGAACCAAUCACUUUCUGUAAACGUUUUAAAAUGUAGAAGGAUAGUCUCGUUAUUCUGUGAAGGUUGAUGUCUAUGGCGAUACACUCAACAAUUUGUUUCCCUUUUUAUUUGUAAAACUAAGUGUUUUAUCUCAUCAUGAGCCAAGAAAUUGUUUAUUCAAUGCUGGUAUUGUCAUGCUGAAACAAACAAAUGAAGCAUCCUGUUGAAUUGUCUAUAAAUUACACUAAAGUGAUUUCCUACUGAA